UUUAACGCACCAGGUUAAAAAACCCCCUUUUCAUCAGCCUCUGCUUUGAUGUCCCCGGGAGGUGAUAUCACCCUCUCGCGGAUAGACGAAUCUAGAGACUAUUAACUGACCCCUGAACAAGCCUGACGUGUGUAACCAUGGUCAAGAGGCAAGGCAUCGAUAUUCAGAAACACUGCGCACUCCCUAAAAUCCAAAGGGGGAGCUGCUGCAAACAUCAACUAUUUACCAGGUGGCAUUUUAUAGUCAGUCUUAUGAAAAGAAACGAGUAUCUGGGCAACUCGGAGCUCUCCUCGUUGCUAGUUACAUUCGUCUUAGAUGUUCUCGAUGGCAUCAUUUUUUCGUAGAUGCAUUGCCCAAUCUCAUGACGCGUAGGACGACAGCUUCCCCGCUCGAUUGCGAGACUUGCAUUAUCAUUUGGAGAGUGAACUUGAGUAAAGAAAAGGGGUCUAUAGGUACCUAGACUCAUCUGCAACGCGAAAGCAAUGUCUCCAUCGAGGGUAGAAGCUCUUCCGCCCUACGAAUAUCCGGCUGAAACUAAAGAGAAAUUACAAUAUGCGGAACUAGAAGCGCUUGAUAUAUCCAAGCUCAACGAGCCAGGGGGUAAGCAGGCGCUGGCGAAGCAAGUAUUAAGCUUCAUCAACAAGAACGGUUUCUUCUACGUAGUCGGCCACGGCUUCUCCGACGAAGAAGUGCGACGCCAAUACGCCCUAUGCGAAGCCUUCUUCGACCUCCCCCUGGAGGAGAAGCUCAAGUACCAGUGCGACACCGCCUCCGGCGACUUCCGGGGCUACAAGCCGCAGUCGACCGGCUCCGCCGUCCUCGCGGCGCGCGACAACGACGAGCGGUACAACAUCCCGAAGUUCACGCCCGAGCACUCCUCGCGCCCCCACCCGGCGCUCAUCCGCGCCCACUGGGACGAGAUCCGCGCCUUCUCGCGCAAGGUGCACGACAGCCUGCUGCUCCCGCUGCUCUGCCUCUUCGCGCACGUCCUCGAGCUCCCCGACGAGGAGCACCUGGCGCAGCGCCACCGCUACGCGGCCGAGGGCCUCGAGUACCUGCGGUACAUGAAGUACCACCCGCGGAGCCCCGCCGCGGACGCGGGGGCCGGCAACGUCUGGGCGAGGGGCCACACGGACUACAACACGCUGACGUUCCUGUUCCACCAGCCGGUCGCGGGCCUGCAGGUGCGGGCGCGGGACGGCGCGUGGCGGUGCGUCCGGUCGCCCCGCGACGCGAUCAUCGUGAACGUCGCCGACGCGCUCGAGUUCCUGAGCGGCGGAUACCUGAAGAGUACGGUGCACCGCGUCGUGAGGCCGCCGGAGGACCAGGCGGGGCGGGCGAGGCUGAGCUUGAUUUACUUUGCGAGGCCGGAGGCCAAGGUUGUGCUGAGGCCUGUGGAGAGCCCGCUGUUGAAGAGGCUGGGGUUGCAGGGGGAGGGCGCGGGGCAGAGGUUUGCGCAUGAGGUGACGGCUGAAGAGUGGGCGAGGGCGCGAAUUGCAAAGGAUCAUCGGUUCCGGACUAGGCUAGUGGAGCAGCGGGAGAAGGAGAUUAUUGCGGGUGUGGAGCAGAAGUAUUAUGACUGAAUAGGGGAACAUUGACAGUCUCGGAUAUCUCACAUAUGCUAUAAUAACCCAGAAAUGCCAUCCCUGAAGAGCUUAUAGUUGCACAACUCAUAAAAGCCUA